CAAAAACUGUCAAAAUAAAUGGCUAAUGACAUAUGUGAUGGAAUAACAAUUAAUAGAUAAGUUAACCUGUUUUUUUUUAUUUUUUUGAUAUAAACCCAUCUACAUACUACAUAUAAAUAAUUAAAAUAGGCUAGGAAAUGGAGGGAAUGCUAUGGGAACCAACCUUAUAUACUGUAAAAGGUAUUUUAAUAAUGGAUUGCACAGGUGACAGAGUAUUGGCUAAAUACUAUGAUAAAAAUGUAUUUCCUACAUCCAAAGAACAAAGGGCAUUUGAGAAAAACUUAUUUAGUAAAACUUUCAAAAACCCAGAGGCGGAAAUUAUCAAUUUAAAUGGUUUGACUUGUGUUUAUAAAAGUAAUGUUGAAUUGCUUUUUUAUGUUAUAGGAAGUUCCCAAGAAAAUGAGCUUAUGCUUGUGAGUGUUUUAAAUUGUUUAUAUGACACAAUUAACCAGAUCUUAAAGAAAAAUAUGGAAAGGAAAGCACUCUUAGAUUCAUUAGAUAUUGUUAUGUUAGCUGUGGAUGAAAUUUGUGAUGAAGGGAUAAUGAUAGGUGCAGACUCGAAUUCAGUAAUAUCUAGAAUAGCUCUCCGAAACGAUGAUAUUCAAAUCGGAGAACAAACUGUAGCCCAGGUAACUACUGCGAUACAUUCUUUGUUUUGGUAGGAUAUAUAAAUUGUAAACAUAGUGUUUAACAUUUUUAUGUUAAAUUUAUACAUUACUACAGUUGUAAAGAUAGCAGUAUUUUUGUAUUUGUGUACGAAUUAUAUUUUGAAUAUUGAACAAAUAAAUUUAUUUAUAGGUGUUUCAAUCUGCCAAAGAACAGCUGAAAUGGUCAUUUUUAAAGUAAGACAUAUAUUUUAAUACAAAAAACAAUGUUAAAUGUUACACAUUUAUUUCAUAUUAUAAAAAUAAAUUUAUUGUUCCUG